UGCGCGCCCUCGGGGCUUCCGCCGUCGGGGCCCGGGGCGCACUGCUCGAGCCGCACCACCGUGCUGGACCUGGACACGCACGUGGUGACCACGGUGGAGAACGGCUACCUGCACCAGGACUGCUGCUGCGCGCCCUGCCCGCCAGGCGGCCUCGUCCCCGCCGUCGUGGCCUCCGCAGCCGCCGCCGCCUGCUGCUGCCCACCGCCGCCGCCUCCGCCCAGCCCGGGCGCCAAGCGCAAGUACGAGCCGGCGGGCGGCGCUGGGGAUCCGCCGCUUCUGCCGCCUCCGCCGCCCGGUGCGCCUUCGCCCUUCGCCUCCUGUGCCAAGCGCGCCCGCUUCGAAGCCUCGCCGGACGCUUCCAACAUCUCCAGCCUGAUCUCCAUCUUCGGCUCCAGCUUCAGCGGGCUGGUGAGCCGGCCGCCCCAGCCGGCGCCGCCGUCGGACUCGGAGCAGCUCUCCAGCGGACAGCUGUGCGGCAAACAGGCGCUGGCCAGCUUGGGGGCUUGGACGCGGGCCAUCGUGGCCUUUUGA